AUGAUGCCAGACUGUGUAGUCCCAACAAUCAAGCUUGGUGGUGACUCAAUUAUGGUCUGGGGUUGUUUUUCUAGCCAAGGAACUGGCGAUUUGAUCAAAAUUGACGGAAUUAUGAAAAAGGAAGAUUACAAAAAAAUUUUAGUACAAAAUGCCGUUCCUUCGGGGUUGCGAUUAAUUGGAGAUGGAUUCAUUUUCCAACAGGACAAUUAUUCUAAGCAUAGCUCAAAAUUAUGUAGAGGAUAUUUGGAAGAGAAAGAGGCACAAGGGGUGUCAAAAAACAUGAUUUGGCCUCCUCAGAGCCCGGAUCUCAAUCCCAUUGAACUUUUGUGGGAAGAGCUUGAUAGGAACGUGCGUAAUUGUGGUCCAUCCUCGCGAGAAGAAAUGUGGAAUGCUUUGUGCGAAAGUUGGAGCAAUAUAUCACAAGACACUAUCAACAAAUUGAAUGCCCGUAUGCCGAGACUUGUGAAAAAAGUCAUAGAAUGCAAAAGAGGAUUUUUUGAUGAAAAAUCAGUUUAG